AUGGCAGCUCCUGCGGUGGAGGCAACCGCCGCAACUGCUCUACGGUCCGUGAUUCUUAGGGCCCGUAAGGCGGCGGAGCAUGUCGGAAGAGAUCCGGAGCGGAUCAGGGUCGUUGCAGUCUCCAAGACUAAACCCGUCUCACUUCUCCGCCAAAUCUACGAAGCUGGUCACCGUUGCUUCGGCGAGAAUUACGUUCAAGAAUUCAUCGACAAAGCUCCACAGCUCCCCGAAGAUAUAGAAUGGCAUUUCGUGGGCCAUUUACYGAGCAACAAAGCCAAAACGCUAUUGGCUGGAGUCCCCAACUUGGCAAUGGUUGAAGGUGUAGAUGGCGAAAAGGUAGCAAAUCAUCUUGAUCGAGCUGUUUCAAGUCUUGGAAGACAUCCAUUAAAGGUUUUGGUCCAAGUGAACACGAGCGGAGAAGCUUCUAAAUCUGGAAUUGAACCUUCCAGUGUUGUAGAGCUAGCAAGACACGUCAAGCUGCACUGCCCGAAUCUAGUAUUCUCCGGGUUAAUGACUAUAGGAAUGCCCGACUAUACGUCUACUCCAGAGAACUUCAGGACACUUUCAAACUGUAGAGAUGAUGUCUGCAAGGCACUUGGAAUGGCUGAGGAUCAAUUUGAACUGUCCAUGGGCAUGUCGGGUGACUUCGAACAAGCGAUUGAGAUGGGAAGCACCAAUGUGAGGGUUGGUUCCACCAUUUUCGGGCCAAGAGAGUACCCCAAAAAAGCAACCUAG